GCCAUUGCGUUCUUGGAGAGAGAGAGAGAGAGAGAGAGAGAGAGAGAGAGAGAGAGAGAGAGAGAGAGAUGAUGAUGAUGAAGAACUCGGCAGGAAACAAGAAUAACUCGAAAGAGAAAGAUCUCUUUCAUGUAAUCCACAAAGUACCUUAUGGAGACACACCUUAUGUUAAAGCCAAACACGCCCAGUUGAUAGAGAAGAAUCCGGAGAUGGCGAUAGUGUGGUUUUGGAAGGCAAUAAACGCAGGAGACAGAGUGGACAGUGCGCUCAAGGACAUGGCAGUUGUGAUGAAGCAACUCGACCGAACCGAAGAAGCCAUCGAAGCCAUCAAGUCCUUCAGAGGCCGAUGCUCCAAAAACUCCCAAGACUCUCUCGAUAACGUCCUUAUCGACUUAUACAAGAAAUGCGGAAGAGUGGAUGAGCAGGUGGAUCUGUUGAAGAGGAAGCUAAGGCAGAUUUAUCAAGGAGACGCUUUCAACGGCAAACCCACCAAAACCGCUCGCUCACACGGCAAGAAAUUUCAAGUCACCGUCCAACAAGAGAUCUCAAGAUUGCUGGGGAAUUUGGGGUGGGCAUAUAUGCAACAAGCCAAGUACCUGUCGGCGGAAGGAGUGUACAGGAAAGCCCAGAUGAUCGAACCGGACGCUAACAAGGCUUGCAAUCUGGCGAUGUGUUUGAUCAAACAAGGGAGAUACGAGGAAGCGCGAUCGAAUCUGGACGAUGUUCUCGAGUUUCGGGUUCCGGGUUCGGAGGAUCGCAGGACGAGCCAACGAGCUGAGGAGCUUCUGAGGGAGUUAGAGUAUUUGUUGCCGAGGGCGAGGAGCCAGGACAUGGAGGACAUUCUUCUGGGGAACAUCUUGGACGUUGACCUAGUCAACGGUCUUGACCAGAUCAUGGGUCAAGAGUACACUCUCUUUAGGUCCAAAUCUAAAAGACUUCCGAUCUUCGAGGAGAUCUCUUCUUUCAGAAAUCACCAAUUAGUUUGUUAAAUUAAAAAAAAAAACAUUGCUCGUUCUAGUUUUCUUGUCCAGUCCUCACAUCUCCUUUCUCGGGUUUUGUAUAUACUGAUUUCCGAUGUCAAUGGAGUUGAAGAAUAUAUAUAUA